AAUUAUCGUUGCUUUAAUAGAUUAGUGACUAUUUUUUAUGAUAGCAACAAAUACACAUGUAAUAUUUUAUGUCCGACUUAAUCACUGUAUGCAAAUACAUAACAUCAGUUCGAUGUACAACUGUUCAUAAUUUGACAUCUUUCUACAUUACUAAGUCACCAUCUCGUACUGUUACUAUCAGCCAUCUGUAUUCAAAGGAAACAACAUUAAAUGCAACUGACUAAAUACAAAUCUGUCUCAAACAUCCACUAGCAAUAAAUACAGUCAUUAUUAACAUCAUUUGGCUCUUAGCUAUACCGGGAAUAAUAUUCAAUCGAAAUACUUUUCGACUCGAAAGAACUGGUUGUUAGGACAAAAUGAUGGCACCCUACUGCCGUUUGCUGCCGUUAACCUGCGUUAGCCGUUACUGCAGAUGCUGCAGAUUACUGAUACUUUUUUGAAUUUAUUUAAUAAAUCAAUAAUAAAAUAUGAGUGGUAAUAACAAAAACAAAAAUAAAAAUCGAGGUAAAAGAUCAACAAUAGAAAGUAAUAAAAAUCGUAAAUUGUGGGACCAACAAGAGAAAUCAAUUUUACUUAGAGCAUUAAAAAAAUAUGGUUAUACAGAUAUUGAUAAUAUUGCUAAAGAAUUUCCUUAUAAAUCAUUAGCUGCUGUUAGAACAAUGAUUAAUAAAUUACAUUUGGCGGCUAAAAAAAAUUCAACUGUAAAAAAAGUACAAUUAGACGAGUGGUUAAAUUCGGGAUUUUUUGAUAGCACUGACACCAUGAUACCUGAAGCAUUUAAAUUUAUAUCAAUAUUUGAAAAUCAUCCAACUCCUGAACAAUCUGCUGGUUGUGAUUUUAGAUCAUUGUAUGAUUUAUUACAUCGUACAACAUUGGGACAACCGCCUGUUGAUAUAACACAGAUGACCGUUGAAACAUUAUUUUAUGUAUUAAAUAAAAUAACACAUGAUAUUUGGCCAAGUUGUGAAAAACAAGUUUGUGAAUAUGUCGAACGAUUAGAACAAAUUAGAACACGAAAAGUAUAUUCUAAUUCACGAGUUAAAUCUUCAAAUAAUCUUUAUUAAUAAAUAAAAUAAAAGUAAAGAAAAAGAAAAGGGAAAAGAAAUUUUGUUUAAGAUUAAUAUUUUAUUUAUUAUUAUAUAAUAUUUAACAAUACUUAAUAAUUUUUACCACUUUUUAAUAAUUGCAAUUAAACAAUUUAAAUGUGAUAAUUGAUAUAUAUAUAUAUAUAUUUUUUAAGGUUUAAAU